AUAGGAAAUCUCGCGGGAAGUAGCUAUAGAGACGGAACGGCUUCCCUCUUACGGUUGACAACAGAGCGGAGGAGUAAAACGCCGCGAGCGAGUUUCUUAUGUGGCGAAUGGGGGAGUCGCCUGGAAUACCUGACCCUUAGUCCGACCCUCCUGCUCGGAGCAAGUCCUGCUCUCUGCCCGGCGCCCCCAAAUUUCAGAAGAGGAAGAAAAAAAAUCCAUUCGUGUAAAUGUAUGAUCUCUUUUUCACGGCUCCUGAAAGAAUGAAAUAACCUUUUUUCUGUUGAUAUGAAGAUGAUUUUUCAAGAAAAGGAAACUUCUAAGCUACUUUGGAUUCCUAUUGGAGAGAGAGGCUGGGUGUAACCUGUGCAGCACAAGAAAAAUCUUUUCUUUUUAAAUCAGUGUGUCAAGCUGGAUUAUCAGCAGCAGAAAAUUUAAUCAUCAUGAGAUUAAAGACAUCUCUCUUGAAGGAACCAAAACAUAAGGAAUUGGUUAGUUGUGUAGGCUGGACAACAGCAGAUGAACUUUAUUCAUGCAGUGAAGACCACCAGAUUAUAAAAUGGAAUUUGUUAACUUGUGAGGCAACACAAGUAGCGAAGUUACCUGAUGAUAUCUACCCCAUAGAUCUUCACUGGUUUCCCAAAAGUGUGGGUGGAAAGAGGCAAACCCAAGCUGAAAACUUUGUACUUACAAGUUCUGAUGGCAAGUUCCAUUUGAUUUCCAAGUCAGGAAGAGUGGAAAAAAGCGUUGAAGCUCAUUGUGGAGCUGUACUAGCAGGAAGAUGGAAUUAUGAUGGAACAGCACUUGUUACAGUUGGUGAAGAUGGACAAAUAAAAAUAUGGUCUAAGAGUGGGAUGCUGAGGUCCACGCUUGCACAGCAAGGAACACCAAUAUAUUCAGUAGCGUGGGGUCCAGAUUCAGAAAAGAUUCUUUACACAUCAGGAAAACAACUGAUUAUCAAACCUCUUCAAGCAAAUGCUAAGAUUUUGCAGUGGAAAGCCCAUGAUGGAAUUAUUUUAAAAGUUGAUUGGAAUUCUGUGAAUGAUCUUAUCCUAUCAGCUGGAGAAGACUGUAAAUAUAAGGUGUGGGAUAGUUAUGGUCGGCUGUUGUAUAGCUCUCAGUCACAUGAGUACCCUAUCACUUCCGUUGCUUGGGCUCUGGAUGGGGAGUUAUUUGCUGUGGGGUCCUUUCAUACGUUGCGUCUAUGUGAUAAAACAGGGUGGUCGUAUGCUUUAGAGAAACCAAACACUGGCAGCCUAUUUAAUAUUGCUUGGUCUAUUGAUGGCACGCAAAUAGCUGGAGCUUGUGGAAAUGGACAUGUGAUUUUUGCCCAUGUUGUGGAACAGCGCUGGGUGUGGAAAAACUAUGAAAUAACGUUAACUAAAAGAAGAACCAUGGAGGUUCGUAAUGUACUUAAUGAUGCGGUGGAUUUACUGGAAUUCCGUGACAGAGUCAUUAAGGCCUCUUUGAACUAUGAGCAUUUAGUAGUUUCAACAUCUCUACAGUGUUACAUAUUCUCAACUAAAAAUUGGAAUACUCCAUUAAUCUUUGACCUCAAAGAAGGAACUGUCAGUUUAAUUUUGCAAGCGGAAAGGCAUUUUCUUCUUGUAGAUGGUGGAGGAAUCUAUCUAUAUUCCUAUGAAGGACGUUUAAUUUCCUCUCCAAAGUUUCCAGGAAUGAGAACAGAUAUACUAAAUGCUCAAACCAUAUCAUUGAGCAAUGAUACCUUAGCAGUAAGAGACAAAUCUGAUGAAAAAGUUAUUUACCUGUUUGAAACCUCAUCUGGCAAGCCAUUAGGAGAUGGAAAGCCUCUCAGUCAUAAGACAGAAAUCCUGGAAAUUGCUUUAGACCAGAAAGGACUUACAAAUGAAAGGAAAAUUGUUUUUAUUGACAAGAACAGAGACCUUUAUAUUACUUCAGUUAAGAGGUUUGGGAAAGAACAGAAAAUAAUCAAAAUAGGAACAAUGGUACAUACUUUGGCAUGGAAUGACACGUGCAACAUACUUGGUGGAGUUCAAGAUGAACGAUUUACAGUCUGGUACUAUCCCAAUGCAGUGUAUGUGGACAAAGAACUCUUGCCAAAAACCCUCUUUGAAAAAGAUGCAAGUGAAUUUAGUAAAAAUCCUCAGAUUGUGAGUUUUGUUGGAAGUCAAAUAACUAUCAGAAGAGCUGAUGGCUCACUCAUUCACAUGAAUAUUUCACCUUAUCCAGCCAUUCUUCAUGAAUAUGUGAGCAGUUCAAAAUGGGAAGAUGCCAUCAGACUGUGUCGCUUUGUUAAGGAUCAAACUUUGUGGGCAUGUUUAGCUGCUAUGGCAGUUGCCAGUAAGGAUAUGGAUACAGCCGAAAUUGCCUAUGCAUCCAUUGGUGAAAUAGACAAAGUUAAGUACAUUGGUUCCAUCAAAGAUCUUCCAUCAAAAGAAUCAAAAUUGGCUCAUAUCCUGCUUUUCAGUGGAAACAUACAGGAUGCUGAAAUGCUGCUUCUUCAAGCUGGCCUUAUUUACCAAGCUAUUCAAGUCAACAUUAACCUUUACAAUUGGGAAAGAGCGCUAGAACUUGCUAUGAAACACAAGACACACGUUGACACGGUUCUGGCUUAUAGACAGAAGUUCUUGGAUGACUUUGGUAAAAAAGAAACGAAUCAGCGAUUUUUGCAAAACGCAGAAGGGCUUGAAGUCAACUGGGAUAAAAUCAAAGCCAAAAUAGAGCUGGAAAUUGCAAAAGAGAGAGAACGAGCCGCAGCCACUCCAGCAGUGAGAGCAAGCAUAACCAUACAGCACUAAGUGCCAUGCUGAUUGUAUUACAAAGUGAUUUUAUCAUUCUUUGCUCCUUCAACAUGCUGUGUGAGAACAACAUCUGGCUCCUGAAAUUUGUAUGAGUCUUCUUUAUUGUUUACAAGAAUGAAUUCUGAAUAUAUGGUUCUGAUACUCAUGAGAAGUUUCAGAAUAGUAAAUGUAGCAGAUAUUUGAAGGGUCAGAUACUCUGUUACUGGAGUAUUGUGACUUUGGCCUUCUUAAGUCUUCAGGGGGGAUUGUCUGAAUUGGUAGAACAGUUGAAGUAUUUUCUUAUAUAAGUAAAUGAUCAGCUGUUCACCUUUUGCCCAGACAAGGACACAAUUCUUUUUAAAAGCAGACCAUUAGUUACCUUAAAACUUGUAUGCUUAAUAUAAGAAACUUUUAUUCAUAUACAAGCUGCAAGGUAAUCGCAACCUCAAAACUAAGAUAACAUUACACCAAGUACACAGAUUGCUGUUCUGAAACUACUUACUAAUGAACGACAUUAAAGAACUUUUAAUUUCUAGUGUAAAUGUUUUUUCAGACUUUAGUGUUAACUUUAGAAUGAGAAACAUAAUGAACAGUUCCAGUCUUUUGGCUUAUACAAAACAAACGUAUAAUGAUGAAAAAAUACCCCCCCAAAAGGUGAGGUAAUAGAAGAUCCUUGAAUGGACUAACUUCUAUUGACACAACUGUACAAGCUUAAACUUUGUAUCUUGAAAGCCUGCAUGCUUGUAGAAACUGAUUAGAGAUGCUGACCUUUUAAACCUCUCUCCUCUGGAUUCAGUGAAAUCCAUCCAACACUCAGAAUCUUGUUUUGUAAUGUACAGUUUUAAAUAACAAUUGGAUUUCCUGAAAAUGUUCAAUGUAUGGUAAUAAGAGCUUUGUUUUAAAAGGUUUACAUAUCCAGCUACUUAAAAGGAAAAUAUUUUGUGA